AUGUCUCAUGAAGAUGAGAACGUCAGCCGCACCUUGUCCAUCGUCGGAGCGUUGUAUGCCUGUCGAAACCCUCAAAUACUGCGCAUCAACGCCAAAGAGAGACGAAACGUCAUGGAGACAUGGGUGCGGCAAAAGUCUAUCAUUGAUGCGGAGCUGAAGAAACCGGAGAUUACAAAGUUCACGGCGAUCUUAAUGAGCGCUCUCCUGCUUGCAGCUGUGGAACUCAUGCUAUGCGAGGCACCUGGCACAUUUGAGAUGUGGCUCAGAAGGAUAUCCAAAUUCCUCGAUACGUACAGUAAACGGCGAGCAGUCUCAACAUGGACACCGUUUGAAAAGGAUCUUGUCCGACUUUUCAAGUUUCUCGACAUCCUCUCGAGCAUCGCGAAGAAUGAUCGGCCAGUUGAGACACAGGUUGCCCCCGAACCAUGGCCUGCACUACCCCUUACUAUCAAAGUUGCAGGAGGCUCGAUACCAUCACCGGACUCCAGAAAGGUAGAUGCUAUGCUUUCUGCCAUGUGGCAGUGGGCAGAUCUACAGCCAAGGGCCUUUGCCUGGGUAUCCAAAGCCGAGGAGCAGCGUCUUUCUUUCAAGGAUGGGGACGAGGUAUCGAGGCAGGCUGUCGACUUGAAAGUGCAAGGUCUGAACAUUGUGUGCGAAGUGUCGGCCCUACAGUCCCGCAUGAUUGGAAACCUCAUGCAACUGUCUUCGAACCCACAUGAUCAGGCGUCUGCUAGUAUCAGCCCAUACUACCACUGGGCUCUCACUGGGCUAUCUCAUAUGUUCCAACAGAAUGCGUGGAAGUCAUUAAUGUGCGACCUGCCUGCCAUGCCCGCCGAAGCGCUUCAUCAACAGGCCUUGGCAGCUCUCGGGCACGUAGAGAUGCUGAUCAGCCAACUGGGUCUUGAUCUUGCCCUUUACCUACCUUUCGCCGACUUUGUUGGGCGGGAAAUGGAGACAGAGCUAGAGAGGCAACGGGUGCUCAAGUUUCUUGAUCUCGUCAAGAGUAGAGGUUUUGAUGCGGCGGAUGAGUACAAGCAACAUCUUCUUGUCCGAUGGGAGCCAAAAGAAUCAGCAUCUACGCUUGGCAAUACAGCGGAGUUAUCAGAUGGUUGGAGCGAGCUGUCGGUAGACGGGCUGUCGGACGGGCUGUCCACUCUGAGUUAG